AGCACAGGCUGAAAAGGGUAAAUUUAUUGAGAAUGGAAUGGAUGCAAUCGUGCAAUCUGUUGAUGAAUUUUUUUAUCUGUUAUAAUAUAUGGAAACUUGAAACGUAAUCUAUCGCACAGGAAAUGGUUAGAAACGGGUUUCUUUCAACUUCAUAUGAAUUCCCAAGUUUAGUGGAAAAAAUGAUUUCCCUGCAUAUUGUACUUGUCUUUGCUUGUGUUUCGACUGUGUUGUGAACUUCAAUGAAGCUAGUUCCUGUCACCGCACCCAAAUGCGAUGACUGAUACAUUUUGUAACCGGAAAUGGUAAUUAAUAUGCAUAAAUUUUAUUCGAAUGAUUCCAUAAACAGUCCGAAGUGGUUAUGAUUGGUAUUCUGAGGGAUAUUGAAUAUUUUUGCUAUGUUGUGGAAAAUUGAUUCGUGAUAAAACAUUUUCAAUAGUUAUUACUUAGCAUGGAUGAAGGGACUUUAAACGAUUUAUUAGAGUGUUCUGUGUGCUUAGAAAGAUUAGACACUUCAAGUAAAGUAUUACCCUGCCAGCACACAUUUUGCAAGAAAUGCCUAGAAGAAAUAGUUCACAAGCACAAAGAGCUCAGGUGUCCAGAAUGUCGAGUUUUAGUUCAAAUCAAAGUGGAGGAGCUGCCACCAAAUGUACUUCUUAUGAGGAUUUUGGAAGGUAUGAGGAAUGCAGGUAAUUCCAUUCCCAAAAGAAUCCAUCGAACAACAAGGAGUCCAAAUCAUAUGUUAGUAACUCCUGCUCUACAAACAACCCCUAUUCAUCAGUCUCAUGGCACACCUGACCAUAGAAUUAACACGAAUAAGCAACAAGCAUUGCACUUGGUUCCCCAUCAACCCCAUGCCAUGGCCAUGUACGAUUAUACUGGGGAAUUGAGCUUCAAACGGGGUGACCUCAUCAUUUUAAGAAAGAGAAUCGAUAGCCACUGGUACCAAGGAGAAUGUGGUGGAAAACAAGGAGUUUUUCCAUUAAGCUAUGUACAGAUCAUAACUCCAGUCCCCAGUCAUAUACCCCAGUGUAAGGCAUUAUAUGAUUUUCGUAUGACCAAUGAUGAAGAAGAAGGUUGCUUGGCUUUCAGUAAAGGGGAUAUCAUAAACGUUAUCAGAAGAGUCGAUGAGAAUUGGGCUGAAGGCAAGUUAGAAGGCCGCAUUGGAAUUUUUCCUCUCGCCUUUGUCGAGUUGAAUAGUUUGGCAAGAUCUUUGAUGAAGCUUUCUUCAAAUGCACAACCUGGUCCUUCUCGCUUAGCCCCACCUACUCCCACCGCUGAGGAUAGCGCUCCUCUCAUCCCAACAGAUCACACGAGGAAUAUAGUACCACAACAGUUGUGCCAAGUGGGGUCCCCACACGCGAGGCCCCUGGCCCAGCAAGGGCCCAUCGUGACUUCCGAUUCCAGUUCAACAGUCAGCUCAGGUAGCUCUUCUACCAACACUCCAAACGUUUCUUCUAGUAAUAAUUCUUCGAGUUCGAGUACUGCCCCCUCUUCUCCUGCCUCGCCGCCACCGAGAAAUCAGCCACUGCCGCCAAAAAAUACAGCAGCGAGAGGUGAUAUUUUGAAUUCCAAAAUAUCGACGGGUCAACGUACGCAGCAUCCCCAAAAUACCCGUUUGACUGAUGCUGUUCACGUUUCCACUCAUCAACACAGCAAAGAGAAAAGGCAUAGUUUCACCAGUUUGACGACGCCCCAUCACGCUGUCUCUGUUGGUCACAACAGGCACUCUGCAGAAAUAUUGGCUAGUGAAGGACAGCAGUUAUCUGCAGGCACUGAGAGAACUAAAAGAAGCGUCCAUGCUAUUGGUGUUCACGAAGUACCACUGCCAGCCACAUAUGUUGCCCUUUACCCGUAUAAGCCUCAGAAAACAGAUGAGUUGGAGUUGAAGAAAGGCGGCAUUUAUAUGGUUACCGAGAUAUGUCAAGACGGCUGGUAUAAAGGUACGUCGAACCGUACCCAGAAAUGCGGCGUUUUCCCCGGCAACUACGUCACCCUUGCUCGUGGCUCCUCCAACUCAUGCCACGUGACCACCAAAGAGCCGGGCGCCGUCGCCGAAUCCAAACUACCCGUAAGUUUCACGAGGAGCGGCAAGAGCGUGUCGUCGUCUCCCCGUUCUGCUUCCUCUAACCCUCCCGAGCUACCUCCUCGUGCUACCAGUCCUAAUGCUAUCUCCUCCAGCUGGCACGGUCACCAGGACGCGUCCGCUGUCCCGCUUGGUAGGAGUAGCAGCGCUAUCAUGCCUGGGCAGGCCGCUAUUGCUAAGGCUGUCGAUAAGCCAAAGGACCGCAAGGAGAAAGGCACCGUUAGUCUCAUGAGGCGGUUAACAAGCAUGAAGAGAUCCAAAUCGCCACCUCCUACUACGUACUCAAUGGAUAACCCAGUAUUUGAAGAUGGGGGCGUUGUUGGUAACAAGCCAACUCAAGCUAUCCACCCGGUACAUGUCAGGUCUGGAUCUUGUCCGAGUCAACUGCUUCAGAUCCAACCGAAUGAUCAUCACCGUAUGUUUGGAUCUACCUCGCAACGUCAUAAGCAUAAAGAACGUCCCUCAAUACUUACUCAUAAUCCCAGUUCUAGAACAACAGAAAACCCGGCCGGCAGCUCCGGUUCCAGCCCUGACAUUCAUCGUCACCGAAAAUCCAACUCUUUGGACGCUGGAAACAAGACAAAAACUGGCGUCCAAACUGUCCGAGAAAGGUUUCGUUGCAUCGCCCCUUACCCCCCAAACAGCGAAUACGAGUUGGAGUUGCAGGUGAACGACAUCAUAUAUGUGCACAAGAAGCGAGAAGACGGGUGGUAUAAGGGCACACAGCAGAGAACAGGCAAGACGGGACUGUUUCCCGCUAGUUUUGUUGAAAGUUACUAAUUUACUUUACAAAAAUCCUUAGGCGUAUGUACUGUGAAGAAAGCUAACAGUGGAGCAAUAUUUUUUCGGUUUUAAAGUUUAUUCAGCGUUAAUGUUUGUUUUUUUUUGAGUAUGAAGUACAAUGUUUCCAAAUUAUGGUAUGAAAAUUACUUGACCAUGAAAUGAAACUCACGUUUUUUAUAAAGAGCCCAAAUUGAAUUUUUUUUUGACAAUUUAAAUAUGAAGCUCGUGAAAAUUGUAGAUGCAACUGUUGAUUUGUUAAUGUAAUGAAAUUAUUGGUCAUUUUGAAGAAAAACCCCAAAAUAUCUUCGAAAAUAUGUAACUUACAACUUGAAUGAAUCCACCUUAAGAGUAAUUAAAUUAAAAGGUCCACAAUUGGCAUCAAGGACUGAAGUCACUAAUCUGAUGAUGGAUACUCUAAUUAUCGUGUUUUGAACAUUUUGGAAAACUGCCUUCUCAAGUUUCUUGAAUCAAAAAAAGUUGCUAUGUACAAGUUCCGUAAAAAAUAAGUUACAUUUGAGCUAGUGGCAUAUAUCACUUUCAUAGUGCCAUUUUUGUUUUGUGCAAAUAUAUCAUCAAUGAAAUUUCCUUCAACUUCAACAUAUGAAGAAAAUAUGAAUUUCUUUGGUGGUGAUUCAUAAUUAUCUAACAUAUAAAACUAAAAAGGAUGAUAUAGCUUCAGAAGCCAAAUAGAUAGGAAGGAAAUAACUGUUCAGUUUGACUCAAUUUAUAUUCAAAGAAUAUGAACUUUAUGGGUAAGAAACAGAGCAAAUUGUCUUAGAAUUGAUAACUAUAUUAUAUGUAAAAUUGUGUUAUGCUACGUUUUUUAUAUAUGCUUAUUUAUUAAUUUAGCUGUUUAUGUAUAUUGCAGAUAAUCGCAAUUUUCCCGUGUCUAUAUACAGGAUGUUCCGAUUUAGGCUCUCUACUUUUCAACAUAUUCAUGAAUGUCGUAAAAUCAUGUAUUUAUGUCUUGCGCUAAAUUUUUCCUAUUUGCUGCGGACCUUCAUUUACUCACUAAAAUUACUAUGGUGAUGCCUUAAACCUCCAAAAUGAUUUAAACAGCAUUGCCGCUUUAAUGGUAUGGUUAUGAAAAUCGAUAAAUAGUAUGAAAUGUUAUAUUAACAAAACAUCAACAACUCGGUUGUUUCCAACAUCAAAGACAUCAAUUUGCUUAUUUCCCCCAUCAUCAACAAGGCUCUAAUAGUUCUCAGAUUCUUGAAAAAAAGUAACUGCUGAUUUUGUAAAUACAGACUCGUCAAAAGUAUUAAAGUGGGCCUUGGUAAGACCACACAUUGGUGUAUAGGCUUUCAUAGCCGGGGUGUAACAAAUUUUCCUAUGUUUCCAGAUUUAUUAGUAGGGGUUUGCAGGAUUUUUUACCUGACAUUUCAUCUGCUACUGCGGCAACCAUUAUCAAAGGUUUGCUUAUCGCAGCAAAGUGAAUCAAAGUGAUUUACUUUGCUGCGAUGCGCAAAUAAGAAAUUAUCCUGGUGCAUUUGUACUUAUAUAUUUUACGUUUGUUUGAAGGUGAUUGACAA